AGGGCAUGUGGCACAAGUCCGCGACAGGUUGCCGUCGUCAUAUAAAAAGUGCAGCCUGUUCGAGGCUAAGCCAUAGUCGGACUGAGGAUUGUCCACAAAAUGCACGCGUUCUAUUUGUUUGGAUUGACGCUAUUCACAGGCGCCUGGAGUUGGGGCUAUGGCGAGCCCGACUAUUACGGUUCACGGUGCGACCAUCUGCAGUGCUCGGAUGCCAAGGAGGAGGUCUGCGCUAAGAUCGAAGGCGGACAUCAGCGAGCGACCUUCGAUAAUGCCUGCGAGGCCCAGCGCUAUAGCUGCCUAACGGGAAAUUAUUGGCGCAUACUGUACGACGGUCCCUGCGAGUGCCCCGUCAAGUGUCCACUUACGUGCAGUCCGAUCUGUGCCACGCUUGAGAAUACGCAGAAGUCAUUUCAAAACCAAUGCGAAAUGCAGCAAUUCAUAUGCCACACGAGCGAACCUUGGAGAUACCUGCACGAAGGGCCAUGCGCUGGCGAAGAGGCCAUAUACUCACCACAAGGACCUUUAAUGAGAGCGAAUCCAUCCUAUCCGCUUUAUGCACCCCAACACGCAUAUGGCCCACCUGCCUAUGGCUAUCCCGCUUACGGACCCUAUGCCUAUCACCAACCAGCCUAUGGACCCCCAUUGCCAAUGGCUUACCCAAAUCCCUAUAGCUCGCAACGGGCAGCGGCUCAGCUGCAACCUUAUCACGUAUACAUCUCGAGAGAUGCUCUGCCCACAGAGUCAAGCGAAGCAUUCGGGACAACGACAGCUCAAUCGGCGGUUGAAUCUUCAACUGAACCAUCCACGAAUGUAACAGAUGCAAGCCUCUCUUCCGAUGCGACAUCCGAUCCUAAUACGACGAAUGAGGAGAGACAGGCUUUAGUCCAGAGCUUAAGAAAUGAUAUCAAUGAUGAUUCUAUCCCAGAGAAUACACCUACUUCUGCUGCUUCUGAGUACAAUUCGCCAACAGAAGCAGCCGUAAGUUCAGAUGGAGCUGCAGACAUAAAGGCAUCUGACCCAUACUCUCAGGAAACAACUAGUGAAUCGACUGACACCUCAACUACGGAUGCUUCAUCGGACUCUACGUCGGACUCUUCAUCAGAGCCACAAGUCCAAAGCUUAAGUAGAGCUGUAGCUGUUGAUCAGGAACCAGUAGAUAGUUCCCCACAAGAAACAGAUUCCACAACAUAUCAGACAUAUGCGGCUGAAGAUAAAAAUACAUCUGACCCAUACUCUCAGGAAACAACUAGUGAACCGACUGACACCUCAACACCGGACGCUUCAGCGGACUCUACGUCUGACUCUUCAUCAGAACCACAAGUCCAAAGCUUAAGUAGAGCUGCAGCUGUUGAUCAGGAACCAGUAGAUAGUUCCCCACAAGUUUCCGAAGAUGCCAACGAUGCAACUCUGGAUUCAACAACAGCUUCAGAAGACUUAGUGAUUGCAAACGUUGAUGACAAGCAAGCACGAAAUGUUGACGAAACUACAGCAAACAAUGCGGCUGCUAACCAAGUGAUUGUACAAGUGUCCGAGAAGGAUGACGUUCAAACGAUCAAGAUCAAUAACACAAAUACGAAUCCAAGCCCGACAUACAUAUUUUUGUUCCUCUCCAAGAGUUCAGCGCAAAAGGUUGAUAUACAAAAGAACUGAAUUAACUGCAAACUAUGAGAUUCUCUACGAUGCCAAAGCAAUUUACGAAACCCAAACGAUUCAUAAGACUAAAAACUUGA